AUGAUUCAUCUCGUCAAACAGACGACACUGAUCCGACCGGCCGGCAAUGUAACGCCGGGCCGGAGACGGCUGGCAGACCUCCAAUAUGUGUAUACGCUGACUGCCUUUGUGUCCCUCGGAGGCUUCCUCUUUGGUUGGGAUCAGGGGGUCAUGGCUAUGAUCAUUGCCGACGAGAGAUGGUUGAAGCUGAUGCAACCUGUAAGCGAUUGGAGUGUAGGCUUCGUUGUUAGCAUAUAUAACAUCGGCUGUGUCAUUGGAGCCAUGACAACUGGCUUUUUUGCAGAUGUCUGCGGUCGUGAGAGGACCAUAUCCUUGGCGAGCACGGUCUUUAUCAUUGGUGCGCUACUUCAGGCCGCAUCCUACACCAUCACACAAAUUAGCAUCGGACGUUUUAUCCUCGGGCUGGGGGUUGGCGCAUAUUCUGCAGGUGUUCCGCUCUACAUUUCGGAGAUAUCCCCUGCAGAGCUCCGUGGGAGGAUAGUCGGGAUCGAAUUAAUGAUCCUCUGUUUUGGUGAAAUGGUCGUGUUCUGGAUUGUCUAUGCAUUCUACUUCCUUAACUCUGACGAUUGGUGGCGAAUCCCUUUAGUUAUCCAGGUUAUACCCGCUAUUAUUCUUGCCAUUGGGUGUUGGACAUGGGUGCCUCCUAGCCCUCGUUGGCUUGUGGCUGAAGAGAGAUAUGAAUGUGCCCUCGAAGUUCUUUCGAGGCUACAUGGCUCGGAUGCGGCAGAACUCGAAAUCGGCGAGAUCAGGAAGACCGUGUCCGAAGAGCAGGUCACUACGCAGGCAUCUUGGUCAGACAUGUUUAAGGGGCCAGUCCUAAGAGUCACUCUAUUGGGAACCAGUAUUCAAAUGUUCCAACAAACUACAGGAACUAAUGGGAUCUUCUACUACGCGCCGUCGCUCUUCAAGAAGGGUGGAAUAACAGACCCUACCAUGGCCAAUCUAGCGACUGGAGGGAUUGGUGUAGUACUAUUCCUUAGCUCGUGGAUACCCAUUUUCUAUUUCGACCGCUUUGGACGAAAAACUUGGUUGCAAUUCGGCUUAAUAGGCAUGAUAUCUGCCCUUGUUGGGAUUUGUGUUCUACAGCAACAUGCUGCAGACUACCCCCACAGCCCGGCAAAUAAUGCUAUUAUAAUAUUUCCUUAUAUGUUCUUUACAUUCUUCAAUAUGAGCUGGAGCUCUGGUUCGUGGACUUACGCAGCUGAAAUUUUUCCGAUCUCCCUACGCGCUAAAGGAAAUGCACUUUGUACAGCCUCACUUUGGAUCUCGAAUUUUGUAGUAGCCCAGGUGUCUCCCCCUAUCGAGACCGCUACAGGUUACGGUCUUUAUAUACUGUUUGCGAUUAUAUGUGUCUUUGCGUUCUUCUUCGUACGAUAUGCUCUUGUUGAAACAAGAGGUCGAUCACUUGAAGACAUGGCGGAGCUCUUCGGCAUUGAUGGUAGUAAAGAGAGCCAAGACCUACAGGACUCAUCGGCUGCGUUUACAGCCUUACUGGCUGCCACUUUGGCAGAAGGCCAUUACAUUUUCUCUCAACUGAUCGUAAAUGGCAAAGCCGUCGGUCAGGACUACACCUACAUCCGAAAGAACAGCAACACCUACAUGCCGUCUUUCCCCAGUGAGGUUAUCAACUCUCCCGACCUAAGGUGCAACAAGGGUGCCCAGGCCGGCAGCACCCAGACCUACUCCGUCAACGCUGGCGACAAAAUCGGAUUCAAGCUUGCGUACAACGAGUUCAUCGAACACCCCGGCCCGGGUUUCGUCUACAUGUCGAAGGCUCCCGAGUCUGGUGUCGCUUCGUACGACGGCUCGGGUGACUGGUUCAAGGUGUACGAGAUCGGUCUCUGCAACCCCAGCACCCCGGGCAACGAUGGUUCCUGGUGCAGUUGGCAGAAGGACCGUAUCGAGUUCACGAUCCCCAAGGAGAUCCCCGCCGGCGAGUACCUCGUCCGUGUCGAGCACAUUGGCCUUCACGAGGCGUUCAAGGACCGUGCCCAAUUCUACAUGGAGUGCGCUCAGCUCAAGAUUGCCAGCGACGGAACUGGAACCCCCAGCCCCUUAGCCAAGAUUCCUGGUAUCUACAAGGCUGACGACCCCGGUAUCAAAUUCGACAAGUGGAACAGCCCCAAGGCCAACUCAUACGUCAUGCCCGGCCCUGCUAUCUGGCAGCCAUAG